AGAUGGUAGUAUGGCCAACGGAUUGGGAAAUGGACCACGACAGCCUCAUAAGCGCUGGUGGUGCGCUACAGAAGCUGAAGAUGUAUCCUUACUUUGAUGUGGCCCAUUAUCUUCUGAUGUGCGAAUCCGUUCGUGCUGACCUCGGACCAUCGUCACUACCAUUCUCUCGACGUCAUCCAUUUUCAUGCUGGUUAUCAUCGAUGUUGAUGUGCUUUGCAGGAAGUAUCCUCGCUUGCUUUCUGCUUGGAGAACCAGUCAUCACACCAUUCAGAAGACAUGAUGACGUCGUUUUGGCAUCCAUGGUAUGGUAUUCAGUUUUCUAUUCACCAUUUGAUAUCGUUCAUAAACUUAUCUCUCUGAAACCAAUCAAAGUAGUGGUCAGUAUAGCUAAGGAGGUGCAAAGAGCCCACAAGAUCUCUCAUGGAGUUGCAUACGCUGCCAAACUCUACCCAGAGUCAUAUAUGGUCCAAGUAUUAGUUGGAGUAGCUAGGGGAGCCGGAUCAGGAGUGCUCAAAAUCGUGGAACAGCUGGUUAGAGGAACAUGGAUGCCAUCACAGCAUGAAAUGUUGCGUCCAUCGUUUACUACCAAAGCCUGUGUGAUAGCUGCUCUAGUUUUCACCCUAGAGAGAAACAGUAUGUAUGUAACAGCACCACACGAUCUUGUCUACUUGUGUGUUGUUGGAUUCUUUUCCUAUUUCAAAUUAUCGGCUCUUUUGCUCGGCGUUAUCGAUCCAUCGGCUCCCAUCGAAAACCUAUUCUGUGCUCUUUUCAUGGGCGGUAUAUGCGACGCGUUGCACAAAGCUGUUGAUGCAACUAGAGAAGAAGCAAACGCUGGAAGAAAACCAGUGGAAGAUGAUCUUGUCGACGACAAGAAGUGGAAGAAGACCGAAAAGAAAAACAAAUGA